UUCCACAUCUCUCGCUCCGACAAUCAAGAUUUCCUUCAAAUCUUUCAUCAUUUUGGUCUAAAAUUCUAAUAUCUGCAAAUGGAUACUAGCGGAAAAGCGAAGAAAGGUGCAGCCGGAAGAAGAGUCGGCGGUCCAAAGAAGAAGCCGGUUACCCGGUCUGUUAGAGCCGGUCUUCAGUUCCCGGUCGGUAGAAUCGGUCGAUACUUGAAAAAAGGCCGGUACGCUCAACGUGUUGGUACUGGUGCUCCCGUUUACUUAGCUGCUGUUCUCGAAUAUUUGGCUGCUGAAGUGUUGGAAUUGGCCGGAAAUGCAGCACGUGACAACAAGAAGAACAGGAUUAUUCCAAGGCAUGUGCUUUUAGCUGUGAGGAAUGAUGAAGAGCUAGGGAAGUUGCUUGCUGGUGUGACAAUUGCACAUGGUGGUGUUCUUCCCAACAUUAACCCAAUUUUGUUGCCAAAGAAAACUGGAGGUGAAAAGGCUGGCAAAGAACAUAAAUCUCCUUCCAAAGCAACCAAAUCUCCUAAGAAGGCUUAGAUUUAGUGGCUGUUAUAAGCCUCUUGCUUUUCUAUCUUUAUUUGGAUCUUCAUUGUAUGUAAUUCUGGUGUUAGAUUGUGUUAAUGUCUUUCAGGGAUAUUAAAAAGGAAACUAGUUGGAACUUGUUAGAUCUUGUUAGGUGUUCCUCUAUUAUCAAUCAAUGAAACCUCUUGUUUCGAUUUUACAAUUUCA